CUCAAGCACUAUUUGAUCAGUCUGCAUAUUACAUGUAUAUGCAUGUAAGCAAGAGAGAGAGAUUCCAAUAGAGUAGAUACAUUCCCAUUCAUAUCGUCCACAUCUGGCAACUCGUCUUCAACCUAGAUAGUGGUGGCGUCAGCGCGGUGUUAUUCGAACUUUUCUUCGAAUUAAUACUUCAGCAUCUAUUUUGUCACGAUGAAAGUCAUUAUGGAAUGUUUCAUUCUGGUAGCAUCGGUAACGGUAUUGGGGAUACUUCUGGAAUAUUUCAGUACUAACGACGCAAUAGUACCUUGCAGUACGAGUCGGAAACUGUUGCAUGCUUACGGGAGAGGAUCUUGCAGAAUGAUGAUUAGGUCGUUGGAGUUUAGGCCCGCUAAUCAUACGGAUUUUAACCUUAAUCAUAUGGUCACUUCAUAUGUGAGAAAUGCCUCAAGAAUUUUAGCAGGCCAACCGAAAGAAUCUUCAGAGAAAGAUGUUUCGUACGAUGUAUGUCAAAAAGCUACCUUAGUCACACCACAUUCCUAUCCUCUGACUGCCUUGGCUAGUUUUCCUGGAUCUGGAAAUACUUGGGUGCGAUAUCUCUUGGAGAGAGCGUCCGGAUUUUACACCGGGAGUGUGUACUAUGAUAAAGGGCUUUACAACGGAGGUUUUAAAGGAGAACCUGAGAAACCUGAAAAGGGAACUACUCUUAUCGUCAAAACCCAUGAAAUGAGAUGGCAGAAAUCUUACAAGAUGUUUGAAAAAGCGGUACUGAUUGUACGGAAUCCCUAUGAUUGUUUGCUAGCCUAUGCUAACUUUAAUGCUAAAGGUCAUACAGGGUUUGCAUCACGCAAGUACUUCAAAUCUCAUGAAUGGGAUAACUUCGUUGAGAAGAAUUCUCAGAUCUGGGAGAAUACUAUAGCAUCGUGGAUCGCUCUGAAUAACACCUUGGUUGUAUUUUACGAAGACCUCCAAUCAGAACUCCGUCAACAGAUCACAAGAAUUCUAAAGUUUCUGGGUGUUCCUCUCGACGAGGAAAGACUAAGAUGUACGGAAGCUUAUCCACAGGGGAGAUUUCGUCGUAACAAGACCGACAGUGAUAGAUUGUUCGAUCCUUACACAGAACAGCAUGAAACAAUCAUUAAAACCCAUAUCGACGCAGCUUCAAAACUUCUUCUUGAAAAAAGCUACAUUUCGAAGAACUUAACUUAUUCCCGCCUAUUAAGAAUCAACGGAACUCUAUAACUAUCAAGAUACAAUGUGUUAUUAAUAUCAGUCUCCCAUUUGUUGUAAUUUAUCAAUAUUCAAAAAUGUAUAAAA